CUUCCUUUCGAAUUGAGACAGACAGCUUUGGAGAGAUACAGGUGCCCUCCGACAUGUACUAUGGAGCAAACACUGCAAGGUCUAUUAAAAACUUUGACAUUGGAGGAUCUAGAGAGAGAAUGCCUUUACCAAUCAUCAAAGCCUUUGCUAUUCUGAAGAAGUGUGCAGCCUUGGUUAACCAGGAGUAUGGACUUGAUCCAAAAAUUGUCAGCUACAUUGUUAAAGCAGCAGAUGAGAUAAUUGAUGGUCAAUUGUGGGACCACUUUCCCCUGGUUGUUUGGCAGACAGGGUCAGGGACACAGAGCAACAUGAAUGUUAAUGAGGUGAUCAGUAACAGGGCCAUACAAAUGAUGGGAGGAGAAAUGGGCUCCAAGCAGCCAGUUCAUCCUAAUGACCAUGUUAACAUGUCCCAGAGUUCAAAUGAUACCUUUCCCACAGCCAUGCACAUUGCUGUUGUCUUAGAGGUUCAUCAGAGGUUGUUACCAGGGUUACAGAUCUUACAUAAGGCCCUAGCAACCAAACAACAAGAGUUCAAGGACAUUGUAAAGAUAGGCAGAACCCAUCUACAGGAUGCCACACCGUUGUCCCUGGGUCAGGAAUUCAGUGCCUUUGUACAACAGAUUGAGUAUGGAAUACAGAGAGUGAAUGCCACACUUCCCCGGUUAUAUGAGUUGGCAGCUGGAGGAACAGCUGUAGGGACAGGACUAAAUACCAGGAUUGGUUUUGCUGAAAAAAUUGCUGCCAGAAUUGCAGAGGAAACUGGGUUUCCUUUUGUGACUGCUCCAAACAAAUUUGAGGCCUUGUCGGCUCAUGACGCCAUGGUGGAACUUCAUGGAGCUCUGAAUGUGUUAGCCUGCAGUCUUAUGAAAAUAGCCAGUGACAUCAGACUUCUGGGGUCAGGGCCUCGAUGUGGAAUCGGUGAACUUUCUUUACCUGAAAAUGAGGCUGGGAGCAGCAUUAUGCCAGGAAAGGUAAAUCCUACACAGUGUGAAGCUGUUACCAUGGUAGCAGCUCAGGUGAUGGGAAACCAUGUUGCUGUGACGGUGGGUGGAAGUAACGGCCAUUUUCAGUUGAACGUAUUCAAACCAGUGAUUGUCACAAAUGUUUUACAAUCUGUUCGCCUGAUAGGAGAUGCGUGUGUAUCAUUUUCUAAAAACUGCAUCGAAGGAAUAAUUCCCAAUACUGAGAAAAUCAACAAACUUCUAAAUGAGUCUCUAAUGUUAGUCACUGCCUUAAAUCCACAUAUCGGAUAUGAUAAUGCGGCUAAAAUUGCCAAACAUGCGCAUAUCACAGUGACCACCUUGAAGGAUGCUGCUGUUUCAUUGAGGUUGUUGACUGCUGAGGAAUUUGAUGUCAAAGUACAACCAAAAGACAUGCUAGGACCAAAGUAAUAGUAGCCUCAGAAUUUUGAACAAUAUUGUAGAUAACGCUGAAACAUAUGAUUAA